CGCCAGUCCGCCUGGAUAUUUACACCGCCGGUGUUGUUAACGUAGCAGCUUAGCCACAAUGAUGGCUCUUUUGGAUCUUGCCAUGCAAGGUUUCUCUAUAUUUGGAUUCAUUCUAUUUCUGGUACUCUGGUUUAUGCAUUUCAUGUCCAUCGUCUAUGUCCGACUCUGUCUCAAUAAGAAGAGCCCUGACAAGCAGCCCUACAGUAAGCUGUCGGGGGUCUCUCUACUGAAGCCUCUGAAAGGAGUAGACCCCAACCUCAUCAAUAACCUGGAGACCUUCUUUGAGCUCGACUACCCCACGUUUGAGAUCCUACUCUGUGUACAGGACCAUGACGACCCAGCCAUUGAUGUUUGUAAAAAGCUUUUAGGAAAAUAUCCCAACGUUGAUGCUCGGUUAUUUAUAGGAGGAAAGAAGGUCGGCAUCAACCCCAAGAUUAAUAACCUGAUGCCGGGUUAUGAAGGGGCCAAGUAUGACCUCGUGUGGAUCUGCGACAGCGGAAUACGAGUGAAACCGGACACUCUGACCGAUAUGGCCAAUCAGAUGACUGAGAAGGUGGGGUUGGUUCAUGGCCUUCCCUACGUGGCCGACAGACAGGGCUUCGCUGCUACACUGGAGCAGGUCUACUUUGGCACGUCCCACCCACGCUCCUACAUCUCAGCCAACGUGAUGGGUAUUAAGUGUGUGACAGGGAUGUCGUGUUUGAUGAGGAAAGAUAUCUUGGACCAGGCUGGAGGGCUCAUAACCUUCGCUCAGUACAUCGCCGAGGACUACUUUAUGGCGAAGGCCAUCGCUGACAGGGGAUGGAAAUUCUCCAUGGCAACGCAGGUAGCCAUGCAGAACUCCGGGUCCUAUUCAGUUGCUCAGUUCCAGUCCCGCAUGAUCAGAUGGGCCAAGCUUCGUAUCAACAUGCUCCCCGCCACCAUCUGUGAGCCCAUCUCGGAGUGUUUCGUAGCCAGCCUGAUCAUUGGCUGGGCAGCGCAUCACGUGUUCCACUGGGAUAUUAUGGUCUUCUUCAUGUGCCACUGUCUGGCGUGGUUCAUCUCUGAUUACAUCCAGCUCCGAGGAGUUCAGGGUGGUGCGCCGGCCUUCUCCAAACUGGACUACGCUGUAGCCUGGUUCAUCAGAGAGUCCAUGACCAUCCAGAUCUUCCUGUCGGCCCUGUGGGACCCCACCAUCAGCUGGAGAACGGGGCGCUACAGGUUACGAUGUGGGGGUACGGCCGAGGAGAUCCUGGAUGUAUAGCUACCAGCUUAAGUCCGCCUACAGGGACACAUAACCCGAGUCCUAUUACCCCCAGGGGCCAGAGACAAUACCAGACACAGACUGAUCAGCAUCCCUAUAUAGUCAACUACUUUUGACCAGGGCCCACACUUGCCCAUAUGUUUCUGCUCUGGUUUAAGGUAGUGCACUAUAUAGGGAAUAGGGUUCCAUAGGGCUCUGGUUUAAGGUAGUGCACUAUAUAGGGAAUAGGGUGCCGUUUGGUAUACGGCCAGAGAGAGAUGGCAACAUUCAGUGGAAGAAAAUAAACAACCAGCUAUGGGCAUGACUGAUAGAAGGAAACUACCCGCUGUGGGCGUGGCUGAUAGAAGGUAACACCCCUUAUGGGCAUGACUGAUAGAAGGAAACUACCCGCUGUGGGCGUGGCUGAUAGAAGGAAACUACCCGCUGUGGGCGUGACUGAUAGAAGGAAACACCCCUUAUGGGCAUGACUGAUAGAAGGAAACUACCCGCUGUGGGCGUGGCUGAUAGAAGGUAACACCCCUUAUGGGCGUGACUGAUAGAAGGAAACUACCCGCUGUGGGCGUGGCUGAUAGAAGGAAACUACCCGCUGUGGGCGUGGCUGAUAGAAGGAAACACCCCUUAUGGGCAUGACUGAUAGAAGGAAACUACCCGCUGUGGGCGUGGCUGAUAGAAGGUAACACCCCUUAUGGGCGUGACUGAUAGAAGGAAACUACCCGCUGUGGGCGUGGCUGAUAGAAGGUAACACCCCUUAUGGGCGUGACUGAUAGAAGGAAACUACCCGCUGUGGGCGUGACUGAUAGAAGGUAACACCCCUUAUGGGCGUGACUGAUAGAAGGAAACUACCCGCUGUGGGCGUGACUGAUAGAAGGUAACACCCCUUAUGGGCGUGACUGAUAGAAGGUAACACCCCUUAUGGGCGUGACUGAUAGAAGGAAACUACCCGCUGUGGGCGUGACUGAUAGAAGGAAACUACCCGCUGUGGGCGUGACUGAUAGAAGGAAACACCCCUUGUGGGCGUGGCUGAUAGAAGGAAACUACCCGCUGUGGGCGUGACUGAUAGAAGGAAACACCCCUUAUGGGCGUGGCGGCAAGAAGGAAACACCCCUUAUGGGGGUGACGGGUAGAAGGAAACACCCCUUAUGGGCAUGACUGAUAGAAGGAAACACCCCUUAUGGGCGUGGCGGCAAGAAGGAAACACCCCUUAUGGGCGUGGCGGCGAGAAGGAAACACCCCUUAUGGGCGUGGCGGGUAGAAAACGUCAUAUGGAAUUCAUAGUGUUUGAUGGUUUUUAACCUGUGUGUUGAAAUAUAUCAUUUAUUACUAAUGCUUUUUCUGUCUACCAUCCAAACUGUUGAAAACCGAGAUCCUCCUGUCGUGAAGUGAGCCCUACGUCCCAAAUUACACCCUAUUCCUCAUUUAGUCUUAAUUCUAUACUCAAUGAAUAUUGUUUUAAUGUGAAAACUUAAGGUCCAAACCUAGGAAUUCUCUUUGUUCCAUUUUUUUUGGCUUAUUGGUCAGGUUUUCAAGCACCACGGUCUUUCUGCUGUGAGAUUGCUGGCUAUUUUCAAGACUGGAUGUGUCGCAAAUGGCACCCUAUUCCCUAUGUAGUGUACACCCUAUUCCCAAUGUAGUGUACACCCUAUUCCCUAUGUAGUGUACACCCUAUUCCCAAUGUAGUGUACACCCUAUCCCCUAUGUAGGGGUGUCAUUUGUGAUGCAACCAUGUCUCUUAACCAGGGGUAUUCAACUCUGACUCUACGAGGUCCAGAGCCUGCUGGUUUUCUGUUGUACCUGAUAAUUAAUUGCACCCACCUGGUGUCCCUGGUCUAAAUCAGUCCCUGAUUAGAGAGGAAUCACC